AUACAAAUUACAUAUUCCUAAUAUGCUUGAGGAAAUUACAGAGACACCCAAAAUUGAUUAUCAUUAUAAGAGAUAGAUUUAGAACAUUGCUAUUACUGCUACUUUAAUGUAUUUACUCUGUGAAUGUGUUAUUCAUUUAUAUGUAGCAAUAUAAAAAUCUAUGGUUUCAAAAGCAUCCUGUGGAUGUACACAAACUGCACACAGACAGGGGCAAAGUCUCCUUAUUGGGACAUUUUACAAUAUAAACCCUGUUAAAUUACAUGUGGAAGCGUACGCAACGAAAACAAGAUCACACAAAAAUGUUACACAACCGAAAUGAAAGCGAAAAUUACGCAGUACAGUACUUGAAGUUGUUAAUAACUCCGACCGAUAAGCGGCGAUAGCGAGCGUAGAAGCGCUCGCGUGUGCCGGAAAUUCAACUAAGUUGAAUCUUAACUGGCUCAAGUUGCUUGCUGGUGAAGGAGAGGUUGAUUUUGCUUGCAUCCGCCAUUAAACGACGAAGAAGAAGGGUUGAUGUGUAUGAAGACAACGGGGGACGUCCAAUUGACCGGACUGAAGCCAGACAUCCGAUAAAACAACCUUUCAAGACAAUCAAUUGGAGCCAAUAUCCACAUCUUCCUGAUUGCAGUUAAGGAUCGUGGAUGUCCAUUUAAAGACGCUUGUAUCCGCUCAAAACAAACAUUUCCGAGCAUUUCAAACGUACCAAGGAAAAGUCUACCAAGAUUUGGGAUCAAGUCAUGUCUCGCAGAAGAAGCCGAAGUCCAUCGCCAGGGCGCCUUGCACGCUCCUGUAGCAGUACCGAUCCCCGAGAUUUGGAACGGAGGAUUUUUGUUGGGAAUUUGCCGACAUCAGACAUGGAGAAGAAGGAUUUGGAAGAACUUUUCAGCCCAUAUGGAAAAGUAGUUGGCGUGUCCAUGUUUCGUGGCUAUGGAUUUGUACAAUUUGAACGCACAGAGGAAGCCGAAGCUGCAAAGGUGGCCCAAAAGGGUCGAAUUUAUAAAGGUUAUAAAAUAGAUGUAAAUAUGGCAGUGGAGCGACGGUCAGCUAAACCUCAUUCCCAGCCAAGCCCUCCACGCAGGCCCUCCUAUGGCGGUUACGGGGACAGCAAAGAUUCACGGCCUCGGUCACGCUCACCUGUUUUUCCUCGCGACUCCCGAGAUCGUGAUUCACGUGACACCCGAGAUCGUGACGGUCGAGAUGGACGUGACGGCAGGGAUGCUCCCAGAGAGGCGAGACCAGGAAGCCACCCUCGCGACCAUGAAUAUCGUUAUCGUGGGUCGGAAAGCAGGGACAAGGACCUGAGAGGACCACCGAGAGACCCCGCCUACAGCAGAGAGGAGUAUGACCGUUUUUACCGUGGUGGAAGCAGCGCCGAAGACUACUAUAGGAGGAAGGAUGAACCAUUCAGGGAGCCUUAUAGAGAUCCUUGGAAUGGACGUCGUGAGCCCGAAGCAGACGACCGCGCCCGUCCAGAGGAGCGUCGACGCAACGAUCUCUAUCGACAGUACUACGAAGAACUACAGCGGCGCCAAGACACCGAACGUCCCGUCGAUUGCUCUGUGAUCGUUGUCAACAAGGCUCAGAAUCGGGAGUAUGCUGAGACGGUUGGGCGCAAAGUCCACGAUCUGGGAAUGGUGGUGGAUCUGAUCUUCCUCAACACCGAGGUGUCGCUGACUCAGGCACUGGAAGAUGUGGGCCGAGCUCGCACUCCUUUUGCCAUCAUUAUUACCCAGCAGCACCAGGUCCAUCGAUCCUGCACCGUCAACAUCCUGUUUGGCACACCUCAAGAGCAUCGCAACAUGCCCAUGCAGGACGCCAUGAUCCUCAUAGCCCACAACUAUGACACCUACAAGGUGGAGAGUCGCGAAAAGGAGCGGGAGGAGAUUGCCAGGAAGGCUGCCAAGAUGGCUGAUGAUGUGUUGCUCAGAGAGCUCGACCGAGAGAGCCACCCCACCUCCUUGCUCACGUCCAUCACGCUGCUGGCUGAGAACAGGUUUUUAACGCCAGAGGAGUUGGAUGGUCUGGUAGCGUACCUGACGGACAAAAGAGGGCGGCUCUUGCGGAACCCUGCAGAUGCUCACGCAGGUGCAGUCCUUCAGGUGCCUGCCGCCCCUCUCCAUGAUGCUGCACCCUCAGCGGUGGGCCUCGCUCCUUCCCUUCCUGCCCGCCCGGCCCCUCAGUCCAUGCAAAAUCCUUUGAACACCCAGGCCACCCCCAAUCACGAACUACAAGCCAAGAUCCUCAGCCUCUUCAAAAGCAACACCGGGAUGCAGGGAGGGGGCGGUGCUCCGUCCUCUGCUGCAACUCAGUCUCAGGAGUAUGGCGGCGCAGGGCCUGGCCACAGCCUAGUCCGCCCGGGGAUGCCCGCUGCCCCUCAAGCUACAGCCCAGGGGUACGGUGCCCAAAUGGGCCGCGCGCCCGCUGCCUCCAGUGGCCAAAGAGUCCCCAACUCUGCCUCUGGUAUCAAUUUUGAUAACCCGAGUGUCCAGAAAGCUUUGGACACUUUGAUCCAGAGCGGGCCGUCUCUCAAUCACCUGGUGAAUACUGCGGGUCUGGCCCAGCAGCAGCAACAGCAGCAACAGCAACAGCAGCACCCUCAGCAGCACCCUCAGCAACACCCUCAGCAACACCACCACCCGCAGCAGCAGCAGCAGCAGCAGCUUUCAGCAAGUAGACCAGCAGCCAGCAUGGGCUCUCAGAUGCCCAUGUACCCCCGACAUUAUUGAUAGACCACCCUGACCUGUACCCAGACUGUAGACGUGUUUUUGUAACAAUUUUAAGCUUUUGUUUUUAUUAUUGUAUUUUCAUGCUUUGGUCCCAUUUGAAGAUGGUCAUUCAGUGUUCUUUGUUCAUGAUGGUUCUACAGUCUUCCCUGUGCUUGUGUACAGAAUGUUCUAGAUCGUGUCUUCACCAUUAAAAAGUCACAACACAAACUGCUGUAGUAAAAUGGUAUUGGUUUAUUGCAUUUUGUGCUGACAAAUCUAUAAAAUAGAACGGGUAUCGCCAGAAGAAGCCAUAGAGAUAUAAGCAUUUGAAAUGUAAGAUAAAACUACUCUUUUCUUUUUUUUAAUGUACCAUGAAACACAAUAAAGAAUACAUGUUGA